GCAGCAGUGCGCUCUGCUCGAGAGGGAGAGCGCGAGCUGUCUACGGUAAUGUUCCAUACGCCCUCUCCGCCCCUGCUGCUCGAGAGACAGGUGGUCGGGACACAUGCCUUCAUCCUCGAGCGCUCCCCGGUUAAAAUAAGAAAACAAAUCGGUUGACAGACAGCGGUGGGACUGCUGGCGUGAGGCAAGCGCGUCCCCGAUGGAAUUGGAGCCGGUGACCUCCGCGCAGCGAGCACUGGGCAGAGGAGAGAGAGGGGAAAGCAAGUUGGCGAGAGAACCUCACCGAUUUACGUUUCUCACCAUGACUAUCGCGCUGGCUGCUUUCCCGCCGCAGCGGAGGGGAUUGUUAUGCACCCACAGAAGGAAGAAAUAUACACACCUCUGAGGCAAACCGGAGAGAGAGCGUUACCGGGAAUUUCCUUUUUGUUCCAUUGUUCAUUUGGAUCCUAAUAGCUGGUGGAAGUUGUCUCGUGGGGAUUAUGAUGGCUUCGGGUGCCGGUAAAGCCCCGCAGCCCCCCGGGCCAGGCUCCGGUAGCCUUAACGGGACUGCAGCAGACUUACCGAACAUAGAGCAGGAGCUGUAUGACUAUCAGAUGCAUGGCAAGAUGUGCAAGAAGAUAGCUCAGCUAACCAAGGUGAUCUAUUCUCUGAACACUAAGAACGAAGAGCAGGAGGCGGCCCUUCAGGCCGUCAGCCACGCCCACCAGGAAGAGCUGAGGCGGGUUACCACGGGGACGUGUACCGAGGGGAGGAGUCGGUACCCCGUUCAGGUAGAGUUUGAGAGCUACCGUGUCCAGGCAGAGGAGAGGGAUCGUGGGGUAGAGGCAGAGCUAAGGAGGGACUAUGAGGAAAAGCUCCAGGCUCUGGGGCUGGAGAGACAGGAGACCCAGGCCCAACUCAACACGGCCCACGACGAGAGUCUCCGACUGGGGAGAGAGCUGGAGACGGCUGGGGAGGCUGCGCAGUGCCUGGAGGAGGUGACAGAGGAGAAGGAGGAGUUGAAGAGGAGCAUGGAGGAGGCGCGCAGGGAGGAGAGACGGCAGUGGGAGGAGAGAGAGGAGGAGGAGAAGAGAGGGAUGAGUACAGUACUGAGAGAGAGAGUGAGGAAGGCGGAGGGAGAGAUGGAGGGCAGUCUGCAGCGACUCAACGAGAGCAAGAGACACGCUGUCAAACUACAGGACAGAAUACAGGUACUCACCCUAACAGGACAGAAUACAGGUACUCACCCUAACAGGCUCACCCUCUACUUCCUGUUUCCCUGUGUGAACCUCACCCUCUACUUCCUGUUUCCCUGUGUGAAGCUCACCCUCUACUUCCUGUUUCCCUGGGGUGUGUGUGUGAACGUGGAGGAGUUGAAAGGUCAGGUGAACAAACUGCAGAGCAGGAACAGAGAGCUGGAGCUGCAGAGCAGUGGGAGAAACAACGACUACAGACAGCAUGCGGAGGCCCUGGCUAGUCUGCGUUCUGAGAUGGUGAGGGCUCAUCUGAACCAGGAGAAGAAGAGAUUGAAGGAGCAGGCGGACGAGGAAAGGAGGAGAUUGAAGGAGCAGGCGGACGAGGAAAGGAGGAGAUUGAAGGAGCAGGCGGACGAGGAAAGGAGGAGAUUGAAGGAGCAGGUGAAGAAGGCGAUAGAAGAGGUGAUGAGGAAACAUGCAGCUGAGCUCCACAACGCCCAGGAAGCACUGAGGACAAACCAAGAGCAGGUGUGUGUACGUGUGCAGGAGGACAGGAGGAGUGGUGAAGAGGUGUGUCGAAGGCUGGAGACUGAGAGGGAGGAGCUUAGAAACCAGCUGCAGCAGGCAACCAAUCAGAUCUGGCGUUUGGAAGGAGUCAUUCAGCAGCAAAGUCAGGGGGGUGUGGCCUCUGAAACUCCUCCCACCUGCGGAAUCCACUGUUCCCACCUCCGAGAGGAUCUACAGCACAUACAGGAAGAGAUGGAGCAACAGAGAGAGAGUUACGAGAGGGAGAUGACAGGUCUGAGAACAGACAAACAGAGACUGGAGGAGAAGGUUCUAGAGCUCAACCAACAGACCCAAGGGAACACAGACAGAAACGUUCUAGAACACAACCAAGAGAACACUGACAGAAACGUUCUAGAACACAACCAAGAGAACACUGACAGAAACGUUCCAGAACACAACCAAGAGAACACUGACGAGAGAAUCCGGUCAGAGUGUGAGGAGCGCCUGAGGGCGGAGCUUAAGGCGGAGCUUGAUGCGGCUGUUGCCACGAGCAACCAGAGAGAGCAGGAGCUGCAGACUCAACUAGCCGAUCUCCAAUCACAGGUGGAGAGGAAGGCGGGGCCAACAGAGGGUCACCAGGAUGACAGCGAGAUUGACAGGCUGCGGAGGGAGGUGCAGGAGACCAGAGACAUGAACCAGAGACUGAGAGAGCAGCUGAAGGAGGAACCACAGAGACACACGGUGGCGUUGCAGGCUCUGGAGAGACGAGCUCAGGAGGAACUGCAGACCGAGAGGAACAGACUACACACACUGCACCUGUUACAGCUAGAUAAGCAGGGUACAGAGCUGAGCCAGCAGUACACAGAGUGGAGUAGACAGUUGACCCAGAGACACAUGAAACACAUUGAAGACCUGCAGACGGAACUACACACACACACAGAGAUGAUGGCCCUGCAACAGGACUUGAAGCAACAGAAUCAGUACCAGGUGUUUGAGCGUCAGCUGGAUGAGAGUCGCUGUGCCGUUCUGGAACUACAGAGGGAAAACACUGUACUGAGGUCGGGGGAGGAGGCGAUGGGAAGAGAAAGAGAGCAGAAGGAGAGAGAGGAGGAAGCCCAACGACUGAGAGAGGAGGAAGCCCAACGACUGAGAGAGGAGGAAGCCCAACGACUGAGAGAGGAGGUGGACAGACUGAGAGAAGAGGUGGAGAAACUGGAAGAGGCUCAGAAACAACGGGAGGAACAGAGAGAAGAAGAGAUGAGAGAAGAGGAGGCGCAAAGAGAGAUGGAGGAGAAGAAGAGGGAUGAGGAGAAGAGGACGGAGGAGGAGAACAGGAGAGAGGAGGUGAAGAGGAGAGAGGCCGAGGUUGAGGAGAAGAGGAAGGUGGACGAGGAGAAGAGAAGGAAGGCGGAGGAGGAGGAGAAGAGGAGGAAGGAGGAGGAGGAGGAGAGGAGAGAGGAAGUGAAGAGAGAGCACAGGAGAGCGAUGCAGAGUCUGGUGUGUGAAUACAGCAGCUGUCAGGCAGAGCUACAGACUCGCAUAGUGGCCCUGGAGACAGAGCUGCGGGAGCGUGAGGAGAGGUGCAGGAGGAGGGAGGUUCCUCUCUGUGAUGAUCUCCAGAUGGGAAGACUACAGGAGAGACUCACUGAGAGGAACCAGCUCAUCAAACGCCUGGUGGAGGAACGACAUCAGCUGCAGCUUCAUCCUCCGGUUGCCGGGGACAACGGAACCCUCAGGCUCCAUGACAACAGGCCACACCCCGGGAUCGUUACACCAACUAUGAGGAGGAAGCGUGUGGAGGAGUCUCCGCCCCGCAUCACCAGCGUUCCAAACCUCAGCGCCUAUGAGAGGAGCGUCCUCCUCCCCCACGACACCCCCUCCCCCUGCCUCCCCCAACAUCCCUCCCCCUCCUCAACUCUGCCCUACGCCUCCUCCUCUCUCCCCCGUUCCUCCCCCUCCUCCCCCGUACUCCCAGGUCUCCCAGUUUGGAUCCCAGCGGUCUAGUGCCCUCUCUCUCGUACCCCCACUCCUCUCCCCCUGCUCCCACCACCCCCUCCCCCUCUGUCCAUCCUCCCUCCCCGAGCCUCGACACGGGAUUCGACACGUCACCUCACCCUCGCAGGAGCUCCGCCCACACCUGAACAGCCAGUCAACCAGGAGCCCAUAUUUGGAGCAGAGGGGGAGUGGCCAGGGGGCAGAGGGGCGGGACCCUCAGAGGCAGGAUUGGUACACGAAGUACUUCUCCUUCUGAACACACACCACACACACACACCACACCACACACAGGUGACCUCUACACACCUGUACAACACACUCAGCUUUAAACAUACACCUGACAGACCAAAACUAUGCUUGUUCAAUGCAAAUGUAUUGUAUUAUAAUCUAUAAUAUGGAAUAAAGUAUUUUAUUUAUAUUUAA